AUACAAAGGGCCUCCCCUUGAGCUAUAAAGAAAGCUUGCUUUCUUCCAUCAUACAGCGAAGGGAAGCGGAAAAGAGAGAUGACUGGGAAGGGAGGCAAGCCAUUGCUCGCGGCCAAGUCAGAGAAGUACAAGGCCAACAUCUCCAAGGCGUCCAAAGCAGGCAUGCAGUUUCCUGUUGGCUAUACGCAUCGGCUGCUGAAGCAAACAAUUGUGGGGGAUAAACGCGUUUGUCCUAGGGCGGCGGUCUACACGGCUGCUAUUCUGGAGUACCUGACUGCUGAGAUUCUAGAGCUGGCUGGAGACAGUUGCAAGUCUGAGAAUUUGGAAGAUAUCACCCCUUGCCAUCUUCAGCUGGCCAUCCGUGGCGAUGAAGACCUCAAUAAGCUUAUCAAGGGUACCAUCCCUAGUGGAGGUGUGAUCCCCAAAAUCGCCAAGGCCCUACUUGACAAGCGUCGUGCCGGUAUUAAGGAGUAA